AUGUCCAUGGCUGCCGAGUGUCAGCGCUGGCUGCGCCGCAAGCAGUACACCUUUGAAGUGACGUUUGCGCUGAACAUGUUUCGAUCGUGGGAGAAGUCUGUUAUUUACUCGGUUCUCUUUCUGCUUUGUAGCAUGACCUUCAUCGCUGCGGUGCUGUACCUCCCACACCAUAUUACGAUUCUGGCCGGCCGGGCGUGGUAUUACAUCAAGGGGGAACAUAUCAAUGUCGCCGCUUCGGCGAGGGAGGUUGUUCAGGAGGUGUCGAAGAGUGUAGUGAGCGAGGCGGCGCCUACGCUUGAGGCGGUUAGGGAUGCGCUUGUUGGGGUUGUUGAGAAGGAGUUGUAG